AGGCUACACUUUAUUACAUUAACUUUAUUCUUAUAAUCUAAUUUGAUUGAACUCUACAUCAAUAUGCAAAACCAGUUUCUUCAUGUUUUACUACUAUUGCUUAUGGAAGGUGUGUUUAAUGAAAAAACACAAGAACAGAAGUCUGUAGAUGUGAGUUUAUCAGUGACGGAAGGAGAAAGUGUGACUCUUGAAUCUGCUGUUACUGAAAUACAGGGAAAUGAUCUGAUACUUUGGACAUUUGGAGACACUUGUAUAGCUCAGAUGAAUAAAGAACCUGGCAAGAUCUCAUUAUAUGAUGUAGAUAAUGGGAUGUUUCGAGACAAGCUACAUCUAAAUAAUCAGACUGGAGAUCUCACCAUCACAAACAUUAAAAUUGAACACACUGGACUUUACCACCUAGAGAUUCGUAGCAGUGGGGUUUUAUCCAAGACAUUCAGGGUUACUGUCAGUUCUCCUCUGCCCUUUCCUGUCAUCAGCAGAAACACACAAAACCCUUCAUCAUCAUCAUCAUCAGUCUCAAAAUGUGUGUUGUUGUGUUCAGUUAUUAAUGUGACAGAUGUGAGAGAUGUGAGUCUGUCCUGGUACAAAGGAAACAGUUUAUUGUCCAGCAUCAGUGUGUCUGAUCUCAACAUCAGACUCUCUCUGCCUCUGGAGGUUGAAUAUCAGGAUACAAACACAUACAGAUGUGUACUCAACAAUACCAACAAAAAACAAACUCAACAUCUCAACAUCACUUAUCUCUGUCAGAUCACUACUUCAGCACCAGGCUCAGGAAACAACAUGCCUGCAGCUGUUUUUAUAUUGAUGUUUUCAUUAAUUGUUGUUGCGGCUGGGAUUCUCUAUUAUAUGGCUAGUAGACCAACACACAAAUACCAAACCACUGGACAAGAGCUACAAAAUCUUUUUAAUGAUUUCAAGACAGUAACUGUGAAUGAGGGAGAGUCUGUCACCCUACUACACCCUUGUGUCAUUGAGGACGAGGAUGAGAUACUGUGGAAGUUUGCUGAAUCCAAAGAUAACACAUUUAAAUCUGAACUCAUAGCUAAAAGGACAAGCAUGAACAAUGGGCAAAUUAUAACUAAUGAUCGAGAAGAGACAACUGAUAAGAGAAAAGGAGCUAUACAGUGA